AUGGAACUACACAAAGUCACAACUGCCAAGACAGAAGCAGAAAGUUUGACAAAAGAUAAUUAUGAAAUAAAUGAACAGGAGAUUAAUGAUAAUGAUACUUUUAAUUCAGUUCCAUUUAUCGAUUUAACUCGACCGGUUCAAGAAGAAAGUAAAUGGUUUAAGUUUAAGAAAUUCAUAUAUGAUGGAGUUGGUAAAAACAAGAAAGAACAAAAAUAUUUAGCUAAAUUGGAUGCGUUUUUAUUAACAUCUUCAUGUUUGGGAUAUUUCAUAAAGAAUUUAAAUCAAUCAAAUGUUACGACUGCUUAUGUUAAUGGCAUGGAUGAAUAUUAUAAUAUGACUCAAAAACAGUAUAAUAUAGUAGUUACAAUGUUUACUGUUGGAUAUAUUCUUGGACAAGUACCUAGUAAUUUAAUAAUUACCAGAGUAUCCCCUCGUUAUUAUCUUGGUGGUUUAGAAUUAAUAUGGUGUUUUCUUACAGUUAUAAUGGUUGCAGUUCCAGCUGAUAAUAUUGGUGGUUUAUAUGCUAUUAGAUUUCUUAUCGGUUUUACUGAGUCUGGUUAUUUUCCUGCAAUGGAAUAUUUAUUAGGAUCAAAUUAUAAUAGACAUGAAUUAUCAAAACGAUCAUCAUUCUUUGCUGUAUCUGGUAAUUUAGCUGGUAUAAUUUCAGGUCCAUUACAACAAGCAAUUAUUAAACAUUUUGCACCUACUCAUAGACAAUUGCCUAGUUUUAAAUGGUUGUUUGUUUUUGAUGCCGUUAUAAGUUUCCCAAUUGCAUUAUAUACAAUGUUGGUAGAUCCAAAUACACCAGCAACUACCGAUGCGUUUUAUUUUACGGAUGAAGAUAAAUUAGUAGGAUUAGAAAGAAGAAGAUUGAUCGGUGCACCAACUAAAAAACAUAAGAAAUUUUCUUUCAAAAGGGUUUUAUCAUAUACUAAAAAUUGGAAAUUUUGGAUCUUUCCAUGGUUAUUUUUAUGUUAUAAUAAUUCAUGUUACCCAAAUUCACAACCAACAUUUCAAAAUUUUUUGAAAAUUUCAUUAGGUAAACCAAGUUCAGUUUAUAAUAUUUACCCAACUUAUGUUGCCGUUACUGGAAUUGUAUUGUGUAUUAUAUUUGCAUAUAUUAAUGACUUCCUAGGUGGUAAAAAGAACGUUUGGUUUAUAAGUUUAUUUUUUGUUUUGGUCAUGAUUGGUUGUUCAAUGUUAUCAGCUUGGGAUAUUGCUAUUGGUGGUAAAUAUUUAGCUUAUUUCUUAGUUGGAGCUCCUACAAGUUGGGGACAACCAAUGAUUUUUUCAUAUUUGAAUAGGUUAUUAGUUAAUGAGGAUGAUGAGAAGAGAUCAUUCAUUGUUGUUUGCACAAAUACAUUAGCUUAUGUUACUGGUGCAAUUACUGUUAAUUUUGUUUGGACUGGUCCACCGACUUACUUCAUUGGUUUUACUUAUACUGCUUGUUUAUGUGCAUUGGGAUUGGUAUUAACCGGAGUAGUUUAUUAUUUAGAUCAAAGGGAUGAAAAAGCAAAGAAACUGAAGUUGUUACUUAGAGAAAGUUCUAGUGAUGUAAAUAGUUUUUGA